AUGUUAAUAACAUUAGAAAGGACAAUAUUAAGAAUUAAGUCAAGAUUUUUACGUUUUUAUUCAGCUGAUGUUCAUAAUGUAAGAUUUAAUCAUCCACAAUCAUAUGAGGAUCAUGUUUUUGACGCAUCAUGGGAACCUUCAGAAAUUCGCAGAGAUGAUGCCAAAACAUUACGGAUUUCAAUGCUUGGAUUGCCAAAUGUUGGAAAAAGUACACUCAUUAAUCAAUUAGUCGGCCGUCCGGUCUGUGCCGCAUCUUCAAAGGUUCAGACGACAAAGAAAAAAUCGGAAGCUAUUUAUAUGGAUGAUAAUACACAAUUGAUAUUCAUUGAUACUCCGGGAUUGGUAAAAAGUAGUGACAUGAAAAAGUACGACUUGGAGAAAACAUUCAGAACAGAUGUUGACAAAGCAUUGGCUACAUGUGAUAUUGUCGGGGUUGUCCAAGAUGUAGGAAAUAAAGUUAGAGCUGAUGUCAUUGAUCCACGUGUUCUAGUUCUACUUAAAAACCUCAAAAUAGGAAUUCCAACUCUUUUGAUACUCAAUAAAGUCGACAAAAUCAAGAAAAAAAAAGUAUUAUUAGAGUUAGUUGAUGUUCUGACCAGUGAUAAAAAUUGGCCAAACUUUUCCGACAUUUUCAUGAGUUAUCUACUUGACUCAGCUAAGCCUCGAGAUUGGGACUACGAAUCAAAAAAAAUUUCAAGUGAUUCGCCCGAAUCAAUAAUUGAGCAGACAGUACGUGCUAAAUUCAUGGAUGCAUUACCGAAUGAAUUGCCAUAUGCCAUAAUAGUUCAGUUGGAACAUUAUUCAGUUUUAAAAGAUGACAGUAUAAGUACUGUCGUUGCUGUACUAACUCCAAGCGAUCGUAUUUCAAAUCUAGUUAUGGGUAAAGGUGGAUGUCGUGUUCGCGCUGUUGCUAAAGCAGUUGAGCAAGAAUUAUCUCAAGCUUUUAGUACAACUGUCAGAUUGAAAAUAGCUGUUAAAUUUUCUGAACUUAAAGAUGAGCCGGAAUUUAAAUAUUGA